GUGCCAAAUGUGACCUAGGAACGAGAAAAGCUUGAGUCCUUAUAUUUAUAAUGAGUUUUGAGCUUCUUCUUUAGUUUUUAUAUGUGUUUCGUUAUUACUCCCUACUGUUAUGUGAUUAAGAAAGAAUUUUUAAAACGCGUAUAUAAUAGCUGUCUUGUUGGAUAGUACAUCGUUGCUGGAGUUUACUGUGCGCAACCAAACAGGGUGCUGGGUGAGCUUUAGCACAGCUACACAAAGGUCAUUUUGUAUUGGAGGAAAGUCUUUUUGCAGCUUUGUGGGCAAUUCUUCCGUACAAUCCCAGAAGGGGAGGAGAAUGACAUGUUUUGGCGAUACACUUCUCUAGGGGUGAUAGAGCGGAUUCGCAGUGUUUACACACGUCUAAUCAGAACUGGAGAUCUAAAACUCUGCGGGCAUUGGAAUAAUAACACUAAACAGAUGACAGAGUUUGAGGAAGUUGUGGGCUAUACAAUUUAGUUUAGUUGCAGCAAACGUGUUUGAUGUGCCUCUCUUAACUAAUCUAAGUAACUGUAGAAUAUACUGUUAGCGUGGGGGAAUGAUCAGUUUAAGUUAAUGGAAACAGCAUAUUUGAAAAGAACAAUCCGGAUUAAAGUAUAUUACUGUGCAAACAAAAUAACUUUAUAGUAGGUAUUGUCAUUGUUACUCUACCAAUUUAAAGAGUGAGAGAGAGAGUUAGAUUCUUAGACUGUAGUAAAGUCAUUUACGAAGUUGGUCCGGUGUUGAAAUACAAACUGCAAACAGAAACAAGAUCCGCUGUGAAAACAAACAGGGCUGAUAAUAUGGAAAGGGAAGAUGGAUAGAUAUGGGGCAUAUUGGACUACGCAGUAGUAACAAAAGGAUGGGCGAGAUAAGGUUGACAGCUGAAGAAAUGGUGUCAGGACUGAGGAGACAGAAGGUUGCUUGGUCUUUUUUCUUGGCCAAGUGUACAGCGUCUGUGGAAAACAUAUAUCGAAGUUGGAUGCCACUAAUGCUGCUGCUAUCAUUUUAGGGUCCAAGUGAUCCCAAGGAUUUAUUCAUUGGCUCCAGAUGGUCUUUGGGAUUUGCAGACUUAAUAAAUUCACCAUAAUGCUAGACCGUUCCAGCAGUCUGCAGUUGCUGUAGAAACCUUGGAAGACAAGUGUACAUUUCCUGAAGGUACCAGGGUUCACAAGAAUCUGUGAAUCAUGGAUGACAAGCCUGGUGUCCCGAUAAUUGAGUGGGAGCAUCUAGACAAGCAGAAGUUCUAUGUCUUUGGGCUGGGCAUAACAAUGAUGAUGCGGGUCAGUGUGUAUCCUUUCACGCUCAUCCGUACCCGGCUGCAGGUACAGAAAGGGAAGAGCCUGUACACUGGCACCUUUGAUGCUCUCUUCAAAAUCUUGCGAGCAGAAGGCAUAACAGGCCUUUAUCGAGGUUUCUUGGUAAACACCUUCACGCUAAUUUCUGGACAAUGCUAUGUGACUACGUAUGAGCUUACUCGGAAGUACGUAUCGCAGUAUAACAAUAACAACACAGUCAAGUCUCUGGUUGCAGGGGGCUCAGCCUCUCUAGUAGCUCAGAGCAUUACCAUCCCUAUAGAUGUUGUAUCACAGCAAUUGAUGAUGCAAGGACAAGGUGAGGCCAUGGCCAGAUUUAAAGUGCAGACACAUGGAAGAAAGCACAUAAUUGUUUUUGGACAGACCAAGGAUAUAAUUAUGCAGAUCUUCAAGGCAGAUGGCAUAAGAGGGUUCUACAGGGGUUAUGUGGCAUCACUUCUUACCUACAUCCCUAACAGUGCCCUCUGGUGGCCUUUCUAUCAUUUUUAUACAGAGCAGCUGUCUUAUUUGACACCCAGCUGGUGCCCAUACCUCGUGCUUCAGGCAUUUGCAGGACCCAUGGCUGCGGCCACAGCAUCUACCCUUACCAACCCAAUGGAUGUCAUCCGAGCUAGAGUCCAGGUGGAGGGUCGGAACUCCAUACUGAGUACCUUUAAGCAGCUAAUGGCUGAGGAGGGUCCUUGGGGCCUGAUGAAGGGACUGUCUGCUCGCAUCAUCUCUGUCACACCCUCCGCCUUUGUUAUCGUAGUUGGCUAUGAAACACUGAAGAAGCUCAGCCUCCGCCCAGAACUGGUGGACUCCAGACAUUGGUAAAACAUAGGAGUAAUGCAGAUGUGGCUUCUUGGAGAGGACAUUAGAGUAACAAAAAAAAGGCCCACAAAACAGAAACAAUUGUGAAUGUCUGAUUCUUACUGUUAUAGAAAGGGACUUUGAGCAUACCUAAACUGAACUGAAGAUAUUUGCUGACUUCUCAAAUGAGGCUUUUAUACAAACAGCAGGACAGCAGAGUCUUCAAACAUUCACAGUUUUCUUUUUUUUUUUUUUUUUUUUUUAUUACCCACAAAGUUUUGUUCAAAGUUGCAUCUUGCUUGGCCUUAGUUGUCCUGUAUGUGCUGGCCACAUCUGGUUAUGAUAACAAAUUUACAGGAUACAUGGAUAAACCUGUUCUUCAAAAACCUAUGACUGAUGUUUAUUAUCCGAUAAAAUUACCACUGGCGUUCUGAUGACACUUCACAUCAACUGGGAGUUGCUUACCAACGUUACCUCUUGGCUGAUGGUUGCAUUCAAGUGUUUUUAAAGAAGUAUGAUUUCUGUGGUGUUAAUUUAUUUUACAUAAUUUUUUUAAGUUAGUCCUUAAUCUGGGAACUUAAUUUAAUAGAGGCAUUCGUUGGCCUUUGUAAGUAUGAAUGUUCCACGACUGCUGACUUUUGGUUUGUUUUUGUAUUCAGGGCCACAAAUAUUCAGGUAUUUCAGUGGGGAGUGAGUGGCUGGGAUCAGGUCUGGGGGGAGUGAAAGAUUUCCUGAGUAUUUUCAUUUGGUAUUAUACAGUGCAUUGUCUGAAUUAGUCUGAGUAUAUGUGUCUGUUUGUUCUGAAUUAACUUAAAAUCCACUUUCAGCCUGGAGUGAAUCUAUAACUGCUGGAUAUCUGCCAAAAUGAACACCACUUUGUCCUAAAACAAUAAGUUAGCCGGGACAUUCCUGGAGAAGUGUAGAAGUGUCAUUAUAGUAAUAAUCCCACACGCACAAGGUGUGGCCCCUCACCUGCCUCGCAGCUUAGUGUGUAAGUAGAACCUUCUAAUCCUUGUAGGAAAGGAUUCUAUUGUAAUGGCUUGGUGACAGAUCACCAAAUCCCUUUUUGUGGCAGUUUAGAGAAGCAAUAUAACAUGAGAAGCAAUAUAACAUACCACAAAAUGUGCUGCUUAGUUUACAGUACAGAAGUGCAAGCUGCCGAAUUUUUUAAAUUGAUAUUUCAGAAGCAGUUAACUGAUCAGUGACCUUGACUUACCUGCAUUAACAGACAUGUCAAAUUUACAGCAUUCUUUGUAGUGUGGCAAGAUCAGAUGGUGCCUUAAUGUUGACACACAGAUUUUGCAAGUUUUAGGAGAGGUAUUGGUCCUGAGGAGCAUGGACAUUAUGGGUGGAUCAAGCAUUCAGUGAAUAGUUCUUACUCUGUUAGAAACCAGGCUUAUCAUGGACCACACUGUAGUAUUUAGUGCUGCAUUGUAGAAAGGUAUGGAUGGCAGUACAUGUGCAAGUGUAUCACGAGGUGGGGUCUUCAUGGUGCUGAAGAUGUCCGUGGUGAACACUUGUUACAUUAAAACACAGUCGAAGUCUUGAGAACAUGAUUAAAAAUAAUUGGGUUCAUAUUGAAAUCGGGUGCCCUACACCCAAAUGUCAUCAAUUAGGUGCUUCAUCUUGACCCAUACUUUUGGGGACACUGAUCUUACAAGACCAGGUAACCAAAUGGAGCAUAUGCCAACAAUGGAAAAUGGGAAGAAGGAAAAAAAAAGGUGAAACAGCUUAAUCAAUUCUCUUUUGAUCAUGUCCCCUCUGUGUCAUGUACUGGAAAAAAUGCUAAUAAAAAUCCUGAAUCAUUGCUUUUCAUAAAGCGAGCAUGAUCCCUUCCAGUUUAAAUAAGGGAUAGACAGACAGACACUUUCACUUGUACUCUUCUCUGUUUCUGUGGCACAACAAGUGUAGGUUAAUCAUCUUCUUUUGAAGUGUUCUGGGAUUGUUAAAGGCUAGGCUGCUUGAUACUCCAGGUUAGGAUGUGUAACACUAGCAUUUCUCAGUCGAAAACUGGAAAUGCGUUGUGUGUAUAAAUCAAAAUGUCUUGCACUAAAGUAGUGUCUGGUGUAUUAGAUGAGAAAAGGAAUAUUUUGCAGUAUUAUAACUGGAGUAUCAGAUAGGUCUCUACAGGUUUAGUCUAGACAGAUCAGUGCAGCUUGUCUUUGUUACACUUUGGCAAUAUAAAAAGUGCACAGCUGAAGCAUAUCUGAUGUACUAUAGCCAUGCUGUUAUGGCACUUGGCUAGUCAUGAUUUACCUGUCUUUUUCACGGUUUUAUGUUUGCCCUUUACUGUUUUGCCCUAGUAGUGGCAUUAUUAUCGCGUCAGGAGAUGACCAUUUUUAAACUCCCUUAGUGUCAUCCUGAAUAACAGGAGCUUUUUAGCUGGUCUUGCUUGAAGUGGUGCUUGCAGUGGGUCAUUUGCUCUUCUGUACGAAUGUAUGACUUUGCCUUCUGUAGUUCAUUCAGAAUUAGGACAGCUCUGCAUAUGCACUGUUGGGGUUGUGGCAGUGCUGUUGCUGUGUGCCACGGCUGUGACAGCAGCAUGUGCUGCCCACUGUUACUUCACCCUUCAGGAUGCUGUAUAUUGUAGCACUGCCUCCCAUUCUGGGCACUCACAUCCUGCAGAAUGAGCUGACAUCCUAGCAAGGGUCAGCAGCAAUGGAAGAUGCAGGGCAUGCAUUUCCUUUAGGACAUUUAGGUCACUGUGAGAUUUGUAUACUGUCUUGUAUUGCAAAUCAGUCUGGUGCUUAUUUAGUGGGAAUUGAGUGUUGAGUCUAGCAUGAAUGCAUAUCUCAGUAGGAUUUACAUAAUACCUAAUUUGAUGUGGCUUUGGUCACUGCAGGUGGUUACAUUUGGAAAGAUAUGCUGAUUUUCUGUUUGCUGACAGUAACAUUAAAGUCAGCAAAUGGAAUUUUGUUUUCCUUAGUUGCCUUUCUUGUAUAAGAGUGCAAUUUGAUGAAGGUUUAUUAUUUCAAAGGGGUCUGCCACAGAGGAAAGCAAAACUGCAUGAACAUGCACUGCCUCGUGUUCUGUUUAUUGACCUGAUUGCUGUCUGCACUGAGGCUGUCAGGUUUUGUAAAGAGAGAGAUGCUGGCUAUGCCAAUGAAGUAAACAUAUGAUGAAACCAAUAUAACUGUUCAGGACUUUUCACCAAAAAGCUGGUUUGAUUUUGGAGACCUUCUGCAGUGGACAGCUGCUGCCAUUUCUUCUUCUUCUGCAGUCCUUAGCUCUGCAAUGGUUUCUGUCUCAUUCACAUGUUUUAGGAACAUGUGUGCUUUCUGCAAAUACAUGCCAUACUAUACAAAGGGCUAGGAGAGCUUUGCCCACCCUUGUUCUACUCAGUUUCCUCUCUGCUGCUUACGCAUCUUGGAACUUCAUUCCAUGAUUGUCAUGGAAAAAUAUAGUUGUGUGAUGCAUGAAACCUUCCAAAUGUUCUGUGGUCACCAGACCACUAACAAAUAUCCAUAUCUUACCCACUAUAAAUAAGUGACCAGUCUGUAAAACAUAUUUUGCAGUGCAGAGCUAUGGCUAGGCUAAAGUCUGUCUGACAGCAAAGGCAGUGGUAGAAACGAAAUGAGUAGUACAGUCCUUGUUUUUGCUACCUGGGUGAUUAGCAUAAUCACUGCAAUAAGUGGCAGUGAUUCAGCCUUGCAUUCUGGAAGCCCGUUUAGCUUGACUGAAUUUGGUGAUAGCUGAGGGUGCCCAGAGCAGGGAUCAGCUCAAGGGUCCCUUGCAGAGCACCAGCGAGUAUAGAGGGAAUGCAUCAGAGAGGAGUGAAACCACAAGUUCUUAGGGCAGCUUCUUAAUACUCUAAUACAACUAAUAGUUACACAGAUCAAGAUCCAGAAUUAGCACAGUUGUGAAAAUGUAAAAAAAAAUGCUUUCUUUAUGUUCAUAAACGAUAUCAUUAUUUAACUCAAAAGUAGAAUAAAUAGGCUUACGGUUACUGAGAAAAUCCUCUUUUACACAAAAUUGAAAAGUGGCUUACUGAACGGACUGAAAAAAAUAAAAGUGUACCUAGAAUAAAAGAGCUGUCAUGCCCUCAUUUGCAUUUCUUCAAACUGCUGUGAAGUAAUUUGUGGCAAAAUGGUUGACUUUAAAGCUGCUCAAAGAUGUCUUUGCUGUUAGCCAGGGUUUGGGGAUUUCAAAACUGAGAAAAGCUGCUUGAUGGAAGAAGCAGUAUGUACUGCUGUCUUGCUUUUGGUGUGGGGGGGUGGCAGGUGUUGUGGAAGCAGCUGCUUAUGUAGUAGUUUAGCGGCGAGUAUAGUGAUAUUAUGACACGUUACAGCAGUACCUUAUGCCACUACAUGUGGCAGUUCUGCUGCAAGGAGUCAACAGGAUGACCACUUACAACUGUGAUACUUCAGUGAUGGUAGUAGGACUUGUGUAGUACAGUCCUUGUUGUCCAGUGCAAACUACAAAAACAUGAGUAAAAGCCAAGUGUUCCAAAUGCAAGUAAACAUAAACCCAAAGAUCACUGGCAGAGGAUACAGUAGUCUUUCAGAUUUAUUCAAUGAAAGUAUGUAAGGAAUGAAAGUGCUCAGUAAAUCUGGAAGAAUACAUUCUAUGACAGUGUUGUUAUGAUUUGUUAGCCUGGCCUGUGGUUUUCAUCACAAGGGGAUUACCAGUUUAAUUACAUGUAAAUUUGUGUGCACAUCUUUGAGUGAGCUGAGUUUUAAAGACAUAUACUGCCACUGUGUACUAACACCAGGACAAUAUUCAGGAAACCAAUAUUGACAUCUAACUGUUACUGCAAUUAAUCAGUAAAUCCGAUGAUUUUGCACUAGGAUGACAGAUGGCCUGUUAUUUUUUGAGGUUGAGUAAUGUCUUCAUACCUAUUCUUUGGUAUUGUUCCAGUGUUUUAGAAGAUUAAAAUGAUUCUUGUCCCUAAUAUUAAAAGAAGAAAAAGUGAACAGUAAACAAUUCUGGAUAAUUAAGUUAUCUAAUAUAUUAGUGAUUAAAAAAGUGCUGUUUUUCAGAAAGUUAUUUUUACUGUCUUAAUAGUGGAAAAUAAAUGGUGAAUUCUUUGUAAGUCA